AUGCGUCUCCAACAUUUCUCGCCGCCUAUACAAAACGAACUUGUACAAGCCUUGCAAGGCAUCGGCAUCAGGACAGACACAGACCUCCUGCUCUCUGAAGAUCCUACGAGGAUAUUCACGCGCCUACAGCAAGACCUCGGCAUCAGCCUCUUGGACUUCCGACGCGCUGUAGCGAAAGUCGCAGAACUGGCGUCUGCAACCCAUACGUAUGGGGAUAGAUUGUUAGAGCAAGAACUCAAACGACAAGAGGAUGAUGUCUUUGCAGAUGACAUGCGCGUCGGUGUCCCAACGCUCGACGCGUUACUGGGAGGGUUCAGUCCUCCCCGUGUCAUAGAGGUCUCUGGAGAUAAGGGAUCAGGAAAAACAGCGCUUGCGUUGCAGCUUGCGCUACGGCACCUAGCCCAAGUCAACGACUCGAGCGUCCUCUGGAUCGAUAGUAAUGGGGAGUUUUCGCCGGAAAGAGUGUCCACGAUGCUAGAAAAGAUGGACGGCGAAGUUUCGCUCACCAUUCUCGAACGGCUACAGGUCUCGCUAGCUUUCGACAUUGAGGCCGUGCACGAAGUACUAGAAACCCUGCGCCAAACCCUGUCUUCCCGAUCAAGCUACAGCGAACUGCCAACCACGCGCUGCAUCGUGAUUGACUCAAUCACACCGCUGCUAGGAUCUAUGCUGAGCGCGACGUCUUCUCAAGGACAUGCAAUUAUGACGACGUUCAUGCGCCAGCUUCGAGCAUUCGCAGACUCGUUCUUGCUCACCAUCUUGGUCAUCAACUCCUCGACAAAGAUCCUCCCGAGCAACCCAGAGACGGUGUUCGAGACGGCGCGAAAACCAGCGCUCGGCCCAUCUUUCACAUUCAUGGCCGAUGCAACGCUGUGGCUCUCUCAACGCCCCCCUGAAGAGCCUCAGGCCGACGACGACAGCACGAUGCACGUAGCAGAGGUACUCCGUUCGAGGAUAUCGGUGCGUCCGGUAAUUCGAUUCGGUGGAACGGUACUGAAAGACCCCCGCAGCGCUCGAAGACGUGGGCGCAGUUCAAGAUAA